AUGACCGCACCAAACACACCGAAUAUCACCCAUGAAUUGAUGUGCGGAGCAACGGCCGGUGUAGCCGUCGAUCUUGGCCUUUACCCACUCGACACUCUGAAGACUCGUCUUCAAAGUAAGCAGGGAUUCCGCGCGGCUGGUGGAUUCAGGAAUCUUUACAGAGGCAUGAGUUCGGUGGCUAUUGGAUCAGCCCCCGGUUCGGCGAUCUUCUUUGUAUCAUAUCGACAGGCACAAAAAAUGGGAAAUAACAGCAUUUUAAGCGAUAUUUUGGCUGCUUGUUUUGGUGAAAUGUGCGCAUGUCUCGUCCGAGUGCCAACCGAACUACUCAAGCAGAGAAUACAGGCAUCAAACGGAAAGUUGAAACUUAGCUCAGCAAUCAGAGAAAUUCGACAAACAAAUGGUUUCUUUGGAUUUUAUCGCGGAUUCACAAGCACGAUUGUAAGAGAGAUUCCCUUCGCCUUCAUCGAAUACCCACUAUGGGAAGCAAUGAAAAGAAGUUUUCAUCAAAAAAUGGAUCGUCACGCUUCACCCAUUGAAGGAGCUGCUUUCGGAAGUUUAGCAGGAUUAACAGCAGCCGCACUUACGACACCGCUUGAUGUUGCAAAGACUCGGAUAAUGUUGAAUAGAGCUACAUACACACCACGAAUUUUGGAGACUCUAUUUGAGAUUCAUCGAGAAGGAGGAGUUCGUGCGCUAUUUUCAGGAAUUGUGCCCAGGAUGUGUUGGAUGUCGAUUGGUGGAUUUGUAUUCUUUGGAGCUUACGAAACAGCAAAAUAUACACUCUCUUUGCCAAUUGAGUUU